UCACGUUUCUCUUUCACGUCCAUUUCACUCCCCCCACUACAUCUCUCCACCUUUAACUACCAUUCUCACACUCUCAUCCACGCCCUCACAAUUCCAUCCCUCCCCCUCUCUCAUCAUCUCUCUCAAAACUUUUCACAAUCACAGCCGUCUUGUUUUCCAAUUCAUAUAUAUAUAUAUAUAUAUAUAUAUAUAUAUUUACAUAUCAAACCUUGGAACCCGAAACUACAAAAACACCAUGAACUGCCCAUCGGAUUGGCCAGAACCAAUAGUCCGGGUCCAGUCCUUGUCCGACACCGGUGUCUUUCCAGACCGAUACAUCAAGCCCCCAACCCAAAGACCAACCCCAAUCUCCUCCAAUUCUGAUCAAGCCACCCAUACCAACAUCCCAAUCAUUGACUUCCAAGGCUUGGACGACGAUCAUCUGCGAGCCACCACACUUAGCCAAAUUUCUGAGGCCUGCCGGGACUGGGGAUUCUUCCAAGUCGUGAACCAUGGCGUUAGCCCCGGUUUGAUGGACCGGAACCAGGAGGUUUGGCGCCAAUUCUUCCAUUUGCCGAUGGAGCUGAAGCAAGCCUACGCCAACUCACCCAAGACCUAUGAAGGGUACGGCAGCAGGCUUGGGGUUGAGAAAGGUGCCAUUCUUGACUGGAGUGACUAUUAUUUCCUUCACUAUCUUCCAUUGUGCUUGAAGGACCAGGACAAGUGGCCGGCCCUCCCCGGCUAUGCCAGGCAAGUAAUAGAUGAGUAUGGGAAGGAAGUAGUGAAGCUUUGUGGGAGGAUAUUGAAGAUUUUGUCACUAAACCUUGGAUUAGAACAAGACUUUCUCCAAAAGGGGUUUGGUGGUGAGGAUAUUGGGGCAUGCUUAAGGGUUAAUUUUUAUCCAAAGUGCCCUCAGCCUGACCUGACGCUGGGCCUAUCAUCCCACUCAGACCCCGGAGGCAUGACCGUACUACUUCCAGAUCAACAUGUCGCAGGUUUACAGGUCCGAAAAGAUGACACUUGGAUCACUGUCAAGCCAGCUCCACACGCUUUUAUUGUCAAUAUUGGUGAUCAAAUUCAGGUUCUAAGUAACGCAACAUACAAGAGCGUAGAGCACAGAGUGAUCGUAAACCCAGCAAAGGAGAGACUCUCACUGGCCUUCUUCUACAAUCCGAAGAGCGACAUAGCCAUAGAGCCGGCAAAGGAGCUUGUCACCCCAGAAAGACCUGCGCUCUAUCCUCCCAUGACAUUCAACGAGUACAGGCUUUACAUAAGAUUGAAUGGCCCUCGAGGCAAAUCCCAAGUCGACUCUUUAAAGUCUCCACGAAAAUAGUCCUCACCAUAUUAAUUAUAAAUUUUCUUCCCUACUGUAAAUCACAUGAGCAGCUGAGCACAUAUAAAUAUAAAUAUAUAUAUAUAUAUAUGUAACGAUCCCUUUUUAUUGAGAGUUAAUUGUACAUCUUGUAAUCACAAAACUAUAGUGAAAAAUUAUUGAUGUUUAUGGAGAGGGGCUACAAAGAUUCGAAUUGUAUCUAAUGACAAAGCUUUGUCCCACUUAAUUUGUUCCAUUGAUUGUGGUGACAAUAAAAUACUUUGGUCAUGUUUGGACCGUUGGUUAAAUAUUACAAUAUAUUAAUGGCA